AUGGAGCAAGCCCUGCGUACUCUAUGGCAAGAUAUUAUCCCGCAAGACAUAAUAAGACUGGACUCUCUCAACUCGCAAUCUGACUUUUUCCACGUUGCUUAUGUCAAAGAUCAAUUUGGUGUCUCUAUGCCCUUGUGCCAGCUUUUUGAAGCGAGCACUCUACAAGGCAUAUCAUCCCGCCUUCAAAACAUCACUUCAGAGCAAGCUUCCUUGUCAGUGAAUUGGGAUAGAGAGCUUGAAGGUCUCCUUUCCGAGCUACUGUCUUUUCUAAAUAUUGAAACGUCGAACCGGUGCACUAGAGCUGGAGUUGUGGUCCUUACAGGGGUGACCGGCUUCAUCGGCAAAGAGGUUCUACGACAGCUUCUGAACGAUGAUCGGGUUUAUACGAUCCAUUGUCUGGCUGUCAGAAAGCCCCUGGCGCAACUUCCCGUUAUUUUCGCUCAUCCCAAGGUGUACGUGUAUAACGGAAAUCUAGGCUCACCUCAGCUAGGCUUGUCAGAUAGUGAUUCAUUCUCUAUCUUCUAA